AUGUUCAACCUUCUGGGCGUGCGUUUCCUCUUGAGUCUACAACUCGCAGGGCUAGCAAUUCAAACAGACGCCAAAGAUGCUGGUCACAGAAAGCCCAUCAUCCUCCGCGAGUCCGGCGGCUUCACGAUAGGCGGCAAGGUCAUCCAGAGUCCUCUCAACCCCAACAUGACGCUGUCGUGCGAUCACGGCUACGUAGAAUAUUUCACGCCGUGGACCCCGCGCAAGACGAGCCUAGUCAUGUGGCACAGCUCCAGCACGCAGACGUUCCAGAACCGCUGGGACGGCGGCGAGGGCUUCAAGGACAUGUUCCUCCGCGCCGACUAUCCGGUCUACCUCUGGGAGGGGCCGCGAGUCGGGCGGGCCAACUGGGCCUGCAACGCGACGUUCUACGUGCCCGACUACCGGGACCAGGCCAACUUCGUCGCGUGGAACUUCGGCCCGGCGUUCAAGCAGUGGUGGCCGGGCGUGCAGUUCCCGACGGAGAGCGAGGAGGCCUGGCAGCAGGCCACGAGCUCGCGGUACGUCGAGUACGACUCGGAGGCGAGCGUCAACCUCGAGACGGACGCCGCGGCCGUCGCGGCCGACUCGGGCAAGCUCGGCACCGACAUCGUCUACCUCACCAACUCGGCGGCCGGGCUGCGCGCCCAGCUGACGGCUGUGAAGAGCAACACGACCAACAUCAAAGCCAUCGUCUGCUACGAGAGCUUCGGCUUCGUCUUCCCGGACGACGCGGGCGUCAAGCGCGGCGCCGGGGCGAACCCCUUUGGCCCGAUCCUCGUUCCGCUCGAAGACUUCAAGAAGCUUGCCAGAAUUCCCGCCAUCCAGUUUGUGUGGGGAGACCACAGGGAUGAGAGUUUCAUCUUCCUCAACCAGUCGAGGCAGGCGGCGGCGUUGAUCAACAAGUACGGCGGGAAUGCCGAGGUCGUCUUGCUGGCGAAGGACAAGGGCCUGAAGGGGAGUACCCACAUCGCGUUUGCGGAUAUGGACAACAGGAAGGUCGGCGAGCUAUUGCACGAAUUUUUGAGGGAGAACGAACUGGACGACUACGAGUAA